UAACAAGACACCGGUUUCCAUUCCGAGUUUUAUAGAAACUGUUUUUAAGAUGGCGAACAAAUCUGAAUCAGAUUGGAAACCGAUCGAGAUCGACCCACAAUUUUUUUCUGACAAGGAAUUUAGGAACCUUGUCUGCAUAGAAGAAGUUACUGACUAUAAAAUUGUGAAUGGACAGAUUAUUUUAGGCUCUGAAUCAAUAGAACAAGCACCAAAGAGAAAAUUGACUCAAAAUUCUUCACAGAAGAAAAAAAGGAAAAGGGCCAAACUUCGUAAAAAUGCGGAUGUUUCUGAAAAGAAGCUAUUGUCUGAUAAAAACAGCACAGAACCAUCAAAGACAAAAGGCCAAGCACAUUCCACUACAGCAUCUUUACCAGAUAUGGGUGCUUGGGCUCAUCUCCCGGUGCCUGAACCUGUCCUCCAAGCAAUUGCUGAGCAAGGUUUUACUCAACCAACUCCAAUACAGAACGAAUGUCUGAUUCCUGCUAUUGAGUACAAGCAAGACAUCGUUGGUGCUGCUGCAACUGGAAGUGGUAAAACUUUAGCCUUUGGAAUCCCUAUUUUAUACAAUAUCAUGGAAGAUGAAAAGAUUAAGGCAUCUAAAAGCAAAAAGCUUGAAACCGAUAAUGAGAACAAUGAAAGCAGCCUGGCUCCAGAGAAUGAAAAUGAAGGAAAGUCUAAUGAUGAGAACGAGACACUGAAAAAAGACAAUGAUAGUCAAAAUGUUGAAAUUAAUGUCAUGGCUACAGAUCGUGAACUUUUAGAAGAUGAAGUUGAAGAUGAAGAUGAUGAAGAUGGUGUAUUUAAAAAUUUUGAAGAUUCUCAGAUUUCAGAUGAGGAUGGUUUAAAAGCUUUAAUUCUCACUCCAACACGUGAACUGGCAGUACAAGUGAAAAACCAUUUAGUUGCUGUAGCUAAAUACACAAAAAUUAAGGUGGUUGCUAUUAUUGGUGGGAUGUCAGAACAGAGACAAGAACGCAUCUUGAAGAGACGACCACAUAUUAUUGUUGCCACACCAGGACGGCUUUGGGAACUCUAUAAUAAAAGAAAUCCUUACAUCUUAACUGUGAAAAGCAUCCAAUAUCUUGUCAUUGAUGAAGCUGAUCGUAUGGUAGAGAAAGGACAUUUUGAGGAACUCCAGAAACUGCUCAGCAUAUUACGCCAUUUCACUAAAAUGACUCAGAAGAGGCGUCAGACAUUUUUAUUCUCUGCCACUUUGACAUUAGCCCACAUGGGUCCUCAGCGAAAAUUGUCGAGAAAGUUUCAAGCUAACCUGUUGACAACUGAAGGAAAAAUCCGUAUGAUGAUGUAUAAGAUGGGUCUGAAAAAAGGAGCCAAAAUGGUUGAUUUGACUGAAAAAACAAGAACGGCAGAGAAACUGUCUGAAGCCAAAGUUCUUUGUGAACGUGAAAAAAAGGAUGUUUAUUUAUAUUACUUUUUAAAACAGCAUCCUGGCCGAACGUUAGUAUUUUGCAACAGCAAAGACUCUAUUCGACGUUUAGUGUCCAUUUUCACAUUGCUCGAGUGCCACCCAUUACCUUUACACUCUGACAUGCAUCAAAAACAGAGACUAAGAAACUUGGAGCGGUUUUCCUCCAGUCCUAAUGCCUUGCUACUGGCUACAGACAUUGCUGCUCGAGGUUUGGAUAUUCCCAAAAUAGAUCAUGUUAUUCACUUCCAAGUGCCCCAUACAAUGGAGAACUACAUACACCGUAGUGGUCGUACAGCUCGAGCCUCCGAAGAAGGUUUAACAGUGUUGCUUAUCUCCCCAGAAGAACAGAAAGGUUACAGAAAGAUUCUUUUUAGUUUGGACAGAACCAAAGACUUUGACCAGUUUCCUGUUGACAAUAGUUACAUACCAGCAAUAAAUGUCAGGAUGCAGUUAGCACUGAAAAUUGAUUCUGAAGAACACAGGUUUGACAAGAAAAAACAUGAAAAUAACUGGUUCCGGAAGACAGCAGAAGAGAUGGACAUCGAACUGGAUGAAGAUAACCUAUAUGACCUUGGGGACUCAAGAGACCAAGCAAACCUACGACAUAAAAUCGCUUCCAUGAAAAUGCAGUUACAGACGAUGUUGAAAACGAAACUAGUUUCUAAGAAACUAGUCACCAAGUACCCUACCAAAAUGGGAAAACUUCGUGAUCCCAUGGAAAUUAGCAAUUCUUCUUCAAGUGCAAUUAGUGAAUUACAAAAUCAGAAGUUGUUGAUGAAGGACAAGAAGAAACAGAAAAAGAAGAUUGUUAUAAAAGAUGUGAAUGAAUUAAAGAAAAAUAAUUUAAUUGAAAAGAAACGUCAGAAGGCAAUGAGACGGAAGAAAAGAAAAGAACUGUUGAUGAAACAAUUCAGUGAAUAAAUUUCAAUAAAAAGAUCUGUGGAUGUUUGUA